AUGCAAGUUCUCACAGCGGGAUUUGUGGUUCUAUCCUGCCUAUUUAUUGGCACUAAAGAAGGAUCGGGACACUUGUUUGAACCCAAUUGUGGUUUAUCAAGGUCUGUCGACGUGUGUUCGCGGGUUUCAGCAGUUGAAAGUGCGCACAUAUUAUCGAACCCAUGGAUGGUUAUGAUAAUCGGUUCUGAAAUAUACGGAGGCACCCUUAUCAACGCUCAAUUUGUUCUGACAGCAGCGCAUUGCAUAUCCCGCGAACACAUGAAGGUGCGCUUGGGCGAGUAUGAGACGUUGAAUCCUAGGGAUGAUUGCAGUUCGGGGACUUGCAUUCCAACGGCCUAUGAAAUAGAUGUCGAUAAGAAAAUUGUUCCCCGUGAUUUUGAUGGUUCUAAGAAUGAUAUAGGUCUGCUUCGAAUGGCCAAAAGUGUUCAAUACUCAGAUUAUGUCUAG